UGUCAGCAGAGGCCGCACAGUCCCUCAGGAACGUCGGGGCUCACACAGCGGGAGCCCCGGAGAGGCAGCGUGGCCAUGAGCCCCGUGCUGUACUAUGCCCUGCCUGCCCUGGGCAGCUAUGUCAUGCUCUCCGUCUUCUUCCUGCGCCGGCCUCGUCUGCUGCACACGCCCUGGGUGCCAGCCUUCCUGCCGCGCCUGGGGGCCCACCGGGCAGGAUCCGGGGAGCGGCUGGAACACACCAUGGAGGCCAUGGAGAACUCCGUGGCCCAGCGAUCCGACUUCCUGGAGCUCGACUGCCGGCUGACCCGGGAUGGCGUGGUGGUGGUGUCCCACGACGAGAACCUGUCUCGCCUGUCAGGCGUGAACAGGGAUGUGAGCAGCCUGGACUUUGAGGAGCUGCCCCUCUGCAAAGAGGAGCUGGAGGUUUACUUCUCACCAGGCCACUUUGCACACGGGACAGACCGGCGCAUGGUGAGCCUGGAGGACGUAUUCCGGAGGUUCCCUCGGAUGCCCGUGAGUGUGGAGGUCAAAUCAGUAAACGAAGAGCUCAUUAACAAGGUAGCAGGCCUGGUGAGGCACUUUGACCGCAAUGAAAUCACCAUCUGGGCCUCAGAGAAGAGCUCAAUCAUGAAGAAGUGCAGGGCUGCCAACCCCGAGAUGCCGUUCGCCUUCACGAUAAGCCGAGGAUUGUGGUUGGUGCUGCUCUAUUAUGUGGGGUUGCUGCCCUUCGUCCACAUCCCCGAGAGGUUUUUCAUCUGCUUCCUGCCCACCACCAUCAACAGGACCUACUUCCCAUUUUCCUGCUCUGGGCUGAACAAGCUGGCAGCUGUGGUUUCCAAAUGGUUAAUCAUGAGGAAGAGUCUGAUCCAACACCUGGAACAGCGAGGAGUGCAGGUGAUCUUUUGGUGCCUCAACGAAGAGUCGGAUUUUGAAUCAGCCUACGGCCUGGGGGCCACCGGCGUCAUAACUGAUUACCCUACAAUCCUGAGGCGCUACCUGGACAACCGCGGAGGAGCUGCUCGGGUCUUCUGAAAGCCCGGAGGCCCUCACCCUCUCCUCUGUGUCUCUUCCCCAAUAAAUAUCUUCUUUUGAGUCACA